AUGCGCACUGGCGUCCGCGUCGGGGCUGGGGGUAGAUUUAUAGCCGCCCGAUCAGCUGACGAUCUGCAUUGCAGCCUGCGGAGUGCAGCGGCGCCAUGUACGCUCUGGCCGUCUUCGCGAGCCUUCUGGUCACCGCUCUGACCUCCCCUGUCCAAGACCCGAAGAUAUGUGCUGGGGGCUCAGCAGUGCUGUGCAGAGACCUGAAGACGGCAGUGGAUUGUGGGGCCUUGAAGCACUGCCAGCAGAUGGUGUGGAGCAAGCCCACAGCGAAAUCCCUCCCAUGUGACAUAUGCAAAACCGUCGUGACUGAGGCUGGGAACUUGCUAAAGAAUAAUUCCACUCAGGAGGAGAUCCUUCGUUACCUGGAGAAGACCUGUGAGUGGAUCCAUGACUCCAGCCUGUCGACCUCGUGCAAGGAGGCAGUUGAUUCUUACCUGCCCGUCAUCCUGGACAUGAUUAAGGGGGAGAUGAGCAACCCCGGGGAAGUGUGUGCUGCGCUCAACCUGUGCCAGUCUCUCCAGAAGUACUUGGCUGAGCAAAACUACCAGAAACAGCUUGAGUCCAACAAGAUCCCAGAGGUGGACAUGGCCAGGGUGGUUGCCCCCUUCAUGGCCAAUGUCCCUCUCCUGCUGUACCCUCAGGAUCAGCCCCACAGCCAGCCCCAACCCAAGGCCAACGAGGAUGUCUGCCAGGACUGUGUGAAGAUGGUGACUGACAUCCAGACUGCAGUGAGGACCAAUGCCACCUUUGUCCAGGGCUUCGUGGAGCACGUCAAGGAGGAGUGUGACCGCCUGGGGCCAGGCAUGGCUGACAUGUGCAAGAACUACGUCGACCAGUAUUCUCAAGUUGCCGUCCAGAUGAUGAUGCACAUGCAGGAUCAGCAACCCAAGGAAAUUUGCGCUCUGGUUGGCUUUUGUGAUGAGGUCAAGAAAGUACCAAUGAAGACUUUGGUCCCUGCCAGUGAGGCCAUGAAGAACACCUUCCCUGCCCUGGAACUGAUGGACUCCUAUGAGGCUCAAAACAUUAUUUUCUGCAAGGCUUGUCAUCUUGUGAUGGAGAAGUUGUCUACACUAGUGGCUAACAAUGCCACUGAGGGACUAAUAAUUCAGGCUGUGGGCAAAGCCUGCACACUGCUCCCUGCUCCCUCUUCCACCAAGUGCAAGGAGGUGGUGGAAACAUUUGGCCCCUCUCUGCUGGACAUCCUUCUGCGUCAGAUGAGCUCGAGCUUCUUGUGUGGUGCGGUCCACCUCUGUUCCGGCAACCCUGAUUCAGUGGAGACACUUGAGCAGCCCGCAGUGCCCAUUAUGCCCGCACUGCCCAAACAGCCCAAACAACCUGCUUUGCGCGCACAUGUACCUCAGAAGACCGGUGGGUUCUGUGAGGUGUGCAAGAAACUGGUCACCUAUUUGGAACACAACCUGGAGAAAAACAGCACCAAGGAGGAGAUACUGGCUGCACUUGAGAAGGGCUGCAGCUUUCUGCCUGACCCCUACCAGAAGGAGUGUGAUGACUUUGUGGCUGAAUAUGAGCCCCUGCUGGUGGAAAUCCUGGUGCAAGUGAUGGAUCCUUCUUUUGUGUGUUCGAAAAUUGGGGCUUGCCCUUCUGCCACUAAACUGCUGCUGGGAACUGAGAAGUGUGUCUGGGGCCCUAGCUACUGGUGUCAGAACAUGGAGACUGCAGCCCGGUGCAAUGCUGUCGACCAUUGCAAACGCCAUGUGUGGAACUAGUUUUCCGGCUUGCAGAAGUGCAGUCUACCUGUGGGUCUAGCAUAAUGAACACACAGAUCUAUUUGACUUAAUUCUAAAUAGGACCCCCCCUUUGUCCUUCCUCCAUCUUGUAGCAUUGCUGUCAUGUGAGAGGUGCUGACAGCCCCUUUCAGUGUCCCCUUUCUGAGGACACUCAGGGAUCAGCCCUCCAGCUGCCCUUUCACCCGUCUACUGGAGGGGGGUGGUAAGCCAGAGGGCAGGAGCAUCUUCUGAGCCCUGACUAAUUGUAUGGGGAUGGGGCUCUUACGGCCACCUCCUACCUUGAAGAGGGAGCUGCUCCCCUUCCUGUGGUACCAAGGAGUUUCUAUGGAUAAUUAGAAACACAGAAUAAUCAGGUCUUUAGGAUGAUGAAAUUGCCGUUGUCAUAGCACAGAGAUUUCAGAAGCACCUGCAGGUGGCUUGCUUGGGAUGUUGCUGUCUAGGUCAGCCUUACCCCUCUGCUUUCCUGUAUUCCCCCGUCUGCCUUGUUUGGGGUUCUGCGGGCUAGGGUGGGGAGGGGAAAUUGCUGAAUGUAACUUGCCCAUGUGGGUCUGGCCUUUUUUUGUUGUGUGAGGCCCGGGAACAGUGUCGUCUGCCCAGCUGUCGGGCCCUGCAUGCCCCUUUGCUACCUUGUAGCUCUUGUUGAAUUGCCCUUUCGCCACCUCAUAGUGGAUGAAGCAUCUGCCUGGCAGCAGGUGAUGAACUGAGGGGUCCCCAUGUAGAGUAGGUACCGUCUGUUGAAGAGCCUCCAGUUGCCAGGAGACAGCCAGCAGGAUGGGCAUGGGCAGCUGAAUGGACCUAGAUUUUAAUUUGUUUUGCACUAAAGUUUCUGUGACUUAUUAAAGUUCUGUUAACCAGA